CAGCAGCAGCAGCAGCAGCAGUGGGCUGGCGCUGCAGUUGCGCUUGCACACAUUCAACGUGGGUGCACACACACGCACGGUUAGAGAGAAAGAGAGAAAGAGAGAGAGAGAGAGAGAGAGAGAGAGAGCGAUCAGCCGCCGCAUCUUGUGGAUUUCUUUGCGCUCCAACCCGUGUUAAUGGUUCUCCCUGCUUCUCGUCACCCACAAACACGCCUGGAGUUGAUCUCACUUCUCGGGGAAAAAUGCGGAGUCGCGCAGUUGCGGCGGUCCUGGUUUUACUUCAUUUCAUCGGGGACUCGCUGGCAGGGUUUCCAAACCAAAUCAACAUCGGUGGACUGUUCAUGCGCUCCACAGUGCAGGAGCACAGCGCCUUCAGGUUUGCCGUCCAGCUCUACAACACCAACCAGAAUGUGACAGAAAAACCCUUCCACCUCAAUUACAACGUUGACAACUUGGAGUCCUCUAAUAGCUUCUCCGUCACACAUGCCUUCUGCUCGCAGUUCUCCCGGGGAGUUUACGCCAUCUUCGGCUUCUACGACCGCAAGUCCAUGAACACGCUGACCUCCUUCUGCGGCGCCCUGCACACUUCCUUCAUCACGCCCAGCUUCCCCAUCGACGCCGACGUGCAGUUCGUCAUCCAGAUGAGGCCCAGUUUAAGGGGAGCCAUUCUCAGCCUGUUGGACCACUACAAGUGGGAGAAGUUCGUCUAUCUAUACGACACCGACAGAGGUUUUGCAAUCCUCCAAGCGAUCAUGGAGUCGGCUGUUGCCAAUAACUGGCAGGUGACAGCUCGCUCGGUGGGGAAUAUUGUGGACCCCACAGAGUACAGACGCAUCAUCGAGGAGAUGGACCGCCGACAGGAGAAACGUUUUCUUAUCGACUGCGAGGUGGAUAGGAUCAACUUGAUACUCCAGCAGGUGGUGACCUCAGGGAAAAACACCAGGGGAUACCACUACAUCCUAGCCAAUCUGGGGUUUUCCAACAUGAGUCUGGACCGGGUCUUUUCUGGUGGGGCCAACAUCACAGGCUUCCAGAUCAUCAACCCAGACAGCCCAAUCGUGCAGCAGUUCCUCCAGCGCUGGGAGCGCUUGGAUGAAAGAGAAUUUCCAGAAGCCAAAAACACUCCACUGAAGUACACAUCAGCCCUGACCCAUGAUGCCAUCCUUGUGAUUGCGGAGGCCUUCCGGUACCUUCGGCGCCAGCGAGUAGACGUGUCUCGCAGAGGAAGCGCAGGUGACUGCCUCGCCAACCCCGCUGUGCCCUGGAGCCAAGGCAUUGACAUAGAGAGGGCACUCAAAAUGGUCCAAGUACCAGGUAUGACAGGAAACAUCCAGUUUGACACAUUUGGGCGAAGGUCUAAUUACACAAUUGAUGUGUACGAGAUGAAGCCCAAGGGUCCCAGGAGGAUCGGCUACUGGAAUGAAUACGAAAAAUUUGUAUAUAUUAUGGAUCAGCAGGUCACCAACGAGUCCUCUUCUGUGGAAAACCGAACAAUUGUGGUCACUACUAUUAUGGAAGCUCCGUAUGUGAUGUACAAGAAAAACUAUAUGCAGAUGGACGGCAAUGACAGAUAUGAAGGCUACUGUGUCGAUUUAGCUUCUGAAAUUGCAAAGCAUGUGGGGAUAAGAUAUAAGCUGUCGAUAGUGCCAGAUGGAAAAUACGGAGCCAGAGACCCGGAAACCAAGACGUGGAACGGGAUGGUGGGUGAACUGGUUUAUGGGAGAGCUGACAUAGCCGUGGCUCCUCUCACCAUAACAUUGGUGCGCGAGGAGGUGAUAGACUUCUCUAAACCCUUCAUGAGCUUGGGAAUCUCUAUUAUGAUUAAGAAGCCUCAAAAGUCCAAGCCAGGGGUGUUUUCCUUCCUCGACCCUCUGGCCUAUGAGAUUUGGAUGUGCAUAGUGUUUGCCUAUAUCGGCGUGAGCGUGGUGCUCUUCCUGGUGAGCCGCUUCAGCCCUUAUGAGUGGCACUUGGAUGAGAACGAUGAGGCCAAAGACCCUCAGAGCCCCCCUGACCCUCCGAACGAUUUUGGGAUUUUUAAUAGCCUGUGGUUCUCCCUGGGUGCCUUCAUGCAGCAAGGAUGCGAUAUCUCACCAAGGUCUCUGUCCGGCCGUAUCGUCGGGGGAGUGUGGUGGUUCUUCACCCUAAUCAUCAUCUCUUCCUACACGGCCAACCUGGCUGCUUUCCUCACCGUGGAGAGGAUGGUCUCUCCAAUCGAGAGCGCAGAGGAUCUGGCCAAGCAGACGGAGAUCGCCUACGGCACGCUAGACUCAGGCUCCACUAAGGAGUUCUUUAGGCGCUCCAAAAUAGCCGUUUACGAGAAAAUGUGGUCGUACAUGAAGUCGGCCGAACCCUCAGUGUUUGUCAAGACGACACCGGACGGGGUCUCCCGGGUCCGGAAGUCGAAGGGCAAGUUUGCCUUUCUGCUCGAGUCCACGAUGAACGAGUACAUAGAGCAGCGGAAGCCCUGCGACACCAUGAAAGUGGGCGGCAACCUCGACUCUAAGGGCUACGGUGUGGCCACACCUAAAGGCUCAGCAUUAGGAAAUGCUGUUAACCUGGCAGUGUUAAAACUGAAUGAGCAAGGCCUCUUGGACAAAUUGAAAAACAAAUGGUGGUACGACAAGGGAGAGUGCGGCAGCGGGGGAGGUGACUCUAAGGACAAGACAAGUGCAUUGAGCCUGAGCAACGUGGCAGGGGUCUUCUAUAUUCUGGUCGGAGGGCUCGGCUUGGCUAUGACCGUGGCUUUGAUAGAGUUCUGCUAUAAGUCACGGCAAGAAACAAAAAAACUCAAGCUGGCAAAGAACGCUCAAAACUUUAAGCCAGCCCCUCCAGCAAAUGCCCAGAACUUUGCCACGUACCGUGAAGGCUACAACGUCUACGGGACGGAGAGCGUGAAAAUCUAAGAAAGGUGAUUCUUAAAUCCCACCGGUGCAUAAAGGAUAGAAAGAGCCACUCCGACACGUGACCCAUGACCCCGACGGACCCCCCACUCCCCCCCCACCCCACGCCAAGGUCGGCGCCCUGGAAGUGGCGCCUUCCUUGUCAUCAGCUUGGACACAAGCCAAUAAGUCAACAAGUGCUCAUUUGGGGGUUAUGAACUGUCACACUAACAGAGGGCAAUGACACAGCUGGACUUCUGUUCGUGGAAACGCGGGAAUUGCCUCUUGUAGUGCCUUAAGGAGCAUUUAGGCGUCACGGCGGUGAAGAUAAAUUUGAAUUCACUUGAAAAUAAAAGAACAAAAGUUGCAGCACCUGGAUAAGAACUGACUUCGUGUGACGUGUAGACGGGCGGUUGUAAUUUACUGUUUUAUAUUGUGAAGACGACGAGGAGAAAAAAAAAAAAAAGAAAAAAAAAAAAAAGAAGCCAUGGUUUGACAAAGAAAUCCCUGAGGUACUUAAGUCCUUUAAAUCCUUUAAAGACAUAUUUUUGUGGUGAAACCUUAAGUAGGCUAAAUGUUAUGUUUAGUGAGGUAAAGUCCUUUUCUUGUGUUAAUAUAAGGAUAUUUUCAGUGUCAAGAACAUUUAGGACAAGCAUCGGUAACGAUAAUAAGGUUAAGGGUCAGUUGACCCGGCGGCAUCUCAUUCCGGUUCGUACUCCAGUUUCCACGCGUCACGCUUGUGUACAUCUGAAACGGCUGAAAUGGUGUUCUGUUCAUAGCCUGCCGGACAUCCAGCCCUACUCUGUAUUUACUUGGAUGCUUGUUUUAAAUCAGUUACAUCAUUUGUUUAAAACUGCCACUUCUUUGGGGGGUGUUGGGGUGGGGGGGACAUUUCUAUCAAAGAGGUCUGCUUCUUUUCACUUAGUGCCAUAUUACUGAAAUAAUUCCCCCAAUGUUUUAGAUGCAACGACACAGACCACGUUUUAUUUACCAGAAGAUUAAAGAUUUUAAAAGGAGCUCAUGGUUUACACUUUGUACACACUUGAGCGCCGUCCUCGUUUUAAGUGCAGUUUCAUCAAGCGGUUUUGAUAAAUGGUAAUGUGCCGUAGCUUCCUUGGUUGUGGCGAGCUUUCUGUGUCUAUGCAUUUAGCAGAGGGUGAGCUGUACGUCGGAGAGAGGGUUUAACGGAUCACGACAUUUUUACGACUAAACUUUCUACGACCUGUGGGGAGAGGCUGACGUUAGAAACCAUUUGCGCCUACACUCGUUUGGUAUAUCUCUCUCUCUCUCUCUCUCUCUCUCUCAUCCUAUUCAUAAAGUGCAUGUGAAUUGGGCGGGUAGUUUAUUAAAACAGCAACUUCAAAUUGACAAAGGUUUAGUCGGCUCUAAAACAAUCUUUUUUUUUUUUUUUUUUUUUUUUUUUACCCCAGUUUGGUUUUAGAGGGGGUGUUUUUUGGGGGGGUUAUUUUAUUGGAUACCUCAACUGCGAGAGUUGCAUGUAUGGACACAAUAAACCUCUGUGUAGAGGUCCUGUACAAAGGAUUUUAUUACAUUUCCUUAAUAAAAGAAGAUUUAUAUUCA